AAUGGAAGCCUCGGUUCUCGCGAGGAUGCUCCCGGCGCUCCCUUCUUCCCGAGGCGGGUUGUCACGUGACGCAGCCUCGCCCAAUCACCGCGCGGGCUGCGGGGGUCGCCGCGGUUCCCGCCAAAUACGAGCUCGGCGGCCGCGGCAGCAGCGGCGCGGGCGGGAGGGCGAGCGGCAGUGGCCGCCUGAACAGAGCCCGCGCCUCCGCCGUCUGAGGGGAGCUCGAGCCGCCGCCGGGGCGAUGCUGGAGGAGCUGGAGUGCGGGGCGCCUGGCGCCAGGGGAGCGGCCGCAGCCAUGGAUUGCAAAGACAGACCAGCUUUUCCAGUCAAGAAGUUAAUACAAGCUCGUCUGCCCUUCAAGCGCCUGAAUCUUGUCCCAAAGGAGAAGAGUGAGGACGGGUCGGAUGACAUGAGGAGCUCUGAGGGCACUCCUGCACAAAGUCAAGUACCUGAUCUGGAGACCUCUUUGGACACCUUGGAGAACAACUGUCAUAUGGGCUCUGACAUGGACUGUAGUCCAAAACUUGUCAACGGGAAGGGUCCCUUAGAUAACUUUUUAAGAAGCAGAGUCAAAACCAGUAUUGACCAGACCACAGUGAUCAUUGAUUUGACGGAGGACUCGAGUGACCAACUAGAUGGCCUUGUGGCCCACAGUAAACUAGAUCCUGCAGCCUCUCCCUCCGAGGAGGCUGUAAGUGGGGUCAGAGAAGAAGCUGGAUGUGACAGGGGGACAUUGGAGGCCAGUCUGGAGGACGAGCUGACGUAUCCUGAGGAGACCCUUACAGACAUUCCAUGCAAAACAGAGGAGGGUGCUGGCUCCGGGGGUGCAGAGAGGAGUGGAGAUGGGCAGAAAGCCUCGCCCCCAAGCAGCCCUGUGCCGACAGGUGGUCCGAGAACGUGCUCCGAAAAGGACCAGGAUGGUUGGAGUGAAGCCAGGGGCAUCCUGUUCAAAGGGAAGGUGCCUGUGGUGGUUUUGCAGGAUAUCCUGGCUACGAAACCUCCUCAAGCCAAGUCUCCUCCCAUGACACCUGCAGACCAGGGCAUGCCCUCUGAGAGCGAGAUGCUGGAGUCCGGCCCUGAAGAAGACUCUGUUCUUAGCCAUUCGUCCCAGGGUUCUUCCUCUCCUACCAGCUCGCCUGAGGGGCAGUCUGCUGCCAAAAAGCACAGCAGUCCCCGGCCUUCCCCCACCUCCACACCUAUCCGUAGAAUAACUAAGAAACUGGUCAAAGCUUCUGCAGAGAAGGACCAGCGCAGACUGCAAAGAGAUAAGGAGCGUCUGGGCAAGCAGCUCAAGUUACGGGCCGAGAAGGAGGAAAAGGAGAAGCUGAAGGAGGAGGCCAAGCGGGCCAAGGAAGAAGCCAAGAAGAAGAAGGAGGAGGAGAAGGAGCUGAAGGAGAAGGAGAGGCGCGAGAAGAGGGAGAAGGAUGAAAAGGAGAAGGCGGAGAAGCAGCGGCUCAAGGAGGAGCGGCGCAAGGAGCGGCAGGAGGCGCUGGAGGCGAAGCUGGAGGAGAAGAGGAAAAAGGAAGAGGAAAAACGGUUGCGGGAAGAAGAGAAGCGCAUUAAAGCAGAGAAGGCUGAAAUCACGAGGUUCUUUCAGAAGCCAAAGACCCCACAGGCCCCCAAGACCCUGGCCGGCUCUUGCGGGAAGUUCGCCCCUUUUGAAAUUAAAGAGCACAUGGUUCUCGCCCCUCGGUUUCGGACUGCCUUCGACCAAGACCUCUGUGAUCAGUUGGACCAGCUCCUCCAGCAACAGAGUGGCGAGUUCUCCUUCCUGAAAGAUCUGAAAGGCCGGCAGCCCCUCAGGUCUGGACCCACCAUGGUUUCAAACCGAAACACGAGUAUUUAUAACAGCGACGUGGUGAUUGUGGAGAGCGGCAAGGUGGACGGCGUUCCUGAGAGGAAGAAGUUUGGCAGAAUGAAGCUCCUACAGUUUUCUGAGAAUCACCGGCCGGCAUACUGGGGGACGUGGAAUAAGAAGACAACUGUCAUCCAUCCAAGAGACCCCUGGGCCCAAGACAGGAAGCUUCUGGACUAUGAGGUGGACAGUGACGAGGAGUGGGAAGAGGAGGAGCCGGGAGAGUCCCUCUCCCAUAGCGAGGGGGUUGAUGAUGACGAAGUGGGAGAAGAUGAAGAUGAGGACGAUGGUUUCUUUGUGCCCCAUGGGUACCUGUCUGAGGACGAGGGAGUAACCGAGGAGUGUGCCGACCCAGAGAACCACAAGGUUCGCCAGAAACUGAAGGCCAAAGAGUGGGACGAGUUUUUGGCGAAGGGGAAGAGGUUCCGCGUGCUCCAGCCCGUGAAGAUCGGCUGCAUCUGGGCAGCUGAUAAGGAUGGCGGUGCUGACCUGAAGGUGCUGCAGCAGUUCACGGCGUGCCUUCUGGAGACAGUCCCCUCCGAGGAGGAGCAGACGCCCAAGGCCUCCAAACGAGAGAAGAGAGACCAGCAGAUCUUGGGGCAGUUGCUCCCACUGCUGCACGGGAAUGUGAACGGAAGCAAAGCGAUCAUCCGGGAGUUCCAGGAGUGCUGCCGCCGGGGGCUGCUCAGCAAGGACACGGGCAGUCCUGACAGCAGCUCUGCCAGCCCGCCCAGCCCCGGCUCCUCCCGCCCGCAGACCCCCACCACCAGCGAGGACGCCGCCGUGCCCUCCAAGGCCAGGCUCAAGCGGAUAAUUUCCGAGAACUCGGUGUACGAGAAGAGGCCUGAUUUCAGGAUGUGCUGGUACGUCCACCCGCAGGUGCUGAAGACCUUUGACCAGGAGCACCUGCCUGUGCCGUGCCAGUGGAGUUACGUCACCAUGGUGCCCGCGGCCACCAGGGAGGACAGUGGCAGCGUCCCCGCCACGGGGCCCGGCCAGGGGACGCCCGUCUCGCUGAAGCGGAAGUCGGCCGGCAGCAUGUGCAUCACCCAGUUCAUGAAGAAGCGCAGGCACGACGGGCAGGCAAAUGCUGUUUCCUGUAGCAGAGGAAUUCCAGGAGUGUCUUGAGAAACAGCCCCCCUUUUGAAACAAGCCCGUCUCCGCCUCUGCGGGUUCUUUGCUCAUCUCCAGAGAGCAGGGCGCUUGUGUGGAUGGUUGGUGUUCAAAAGUGGCCUCCUCCUUCACGCUGUCCUUCUGUGCCCUCCGGUGAAAGCCAGCGAGCGUGGCUCCGGAAAGUCGGUGGAGACUGUGCCCACAGCGGCUCGGAUGGUGUCACUGGCGCCAGUGGCCUGAGCAUGAGUGACGAGAGAGAGUUGUCAGGGGCCGGGCAGAGGGAGAGCCCCUGGGCAGAGGAGGAGACGCUGCCUGGCUGAGAAAGUGGGUCUUUAUCCUUGUCUCUUUCAGACCAAACCAGAAACCCAGAUUGCGGAUUCAGAAACGGCAAAUUAUUUUUGUAACGUAGUAAUGCCGGUGGUCAUUUGGGGAGAUCUGAAUGAGGUCCUUUGAGAGAACCUUCUCUCCCCCCACAAGGCUCCUUUGCUCAUAGGCUCUCAAGCAGACCCCUCAAACUUGUUGCCAGAUCGGGUGGAGGUUGGGGGGGCACAGCGGCCCACCUGCUGUUGCUGAUGGCCCG